AUGCAUCGAGGGGAAUAUUGCAAGCGGAAAGACGACAUGUUGGAUUAUUUUGCACAGACUACCAGCAUUGAGGUCUUGACAGAACCAGUGAGUAAAUGGAGAAAUGUUCGUGGUCAUAAUAUCCUGGGUUUAAUGUACCAGGAUGCUUCGAGGUGGGGGAUAACCUUACAGACUUACAUACAGCUUACAAUGUUGGAGCAGCAUACCAAACCAAUGAUUUCCCCAGUAAGAAUGAUGGAGAGAUCGAUUCACAGUGCAAAAUACAUUUUUGUAGAAAAUUUGUAUAGAAGUGGGAAGAUGCCAGAGGUGGAUUAUGUUGUCCUGUCUGAAUGGUUUGACUGGAUCCAGAGGAGCACCGAUGUUUCAGUUGAUUUGAUCGUUUACCUGCAGACAUCUCCUGAAGUUUGUUAUGAGAGAUUAAAGAGAAGAUGCAGAGAAGAAGAGAAAAUCAUUCCUCUGGAAUAUUUAGAAGCUAUUCAUCAGCUCUAUGAAGAGUGGCUCAUUAAACAUACGUUAUUUAAAGUUUCCUGCCCAGUGCUUGUUAUUGGAGCUGACCACGACAUGCAGAAAAUGAUAGAAAAGUAUGAAGAAAACCGGGACCAAAUACUAAACCCAUAUAAUAUGCAACAGCAUUUAUAGAUAUCUGUUAGGUUGUAUUUUAUUUUUUUAUAAUUCAUGAAGUCUGAUACAGGGACAAUUCUGAAUAUUUGUAAUACUUUUGAAUUUAAUGGUUUCUGCUUUAGAACUACACCUUGUAGGAUGUUGUGAAUUUCUCACUACAAAAUGUUCAGGAACAAGUCAUAAAUAGAAUAUGACCCAAUUCUAUUCCAAGUUUUUAGGUUCUCCAUCCAUUUUACUGCAUCAGUUCUGUUUUGUCAAAAUGUAUCUUUCUCUCAUUCCCAUUUCACUGCUGUUUCCUAUGAAAUAAUGUUUUUCUUUUCCCCCAUGACAGUUCUGUUUCUGUAAUGUAAAGGAGGGUUCCAUGCAUGGGGUGGGAUGUCCUGUUGUGCAUAGUGUUCAAUAGCUUUGUUAAACUGCUCUGGCUAUGUCAAAAUAGAGUGUGUAGGGGUUCUUUCUGUAAUCCUGCCUGCACUGAUGCAUUUCACUGAACUCAGUUUCUACUGCUCUAUGUGGCAUCAUAAUAUAGCUGUAGUUCCGAAGGUAACUACGCAUAGUCCCAUGAAAUUCAGUGGUGAACAAAUAGUUAAAUGUCUUUGUAACUGAUUGCACAGUGGUUCUGAGGGUUUUUCUAGGCCAGGUUUUUAAAGGGGCUUAUUUCUCUGGUUUUGGUGAAACUCGUAGCUGAGUUGAGGACUAGUGGAAAGUAGAGUGGAUUUGGAACUCUGCAUUUCCUUUCAAAUGAUGAUAUAAAUACUAAAAAUAAUUGAUUUCUUAACUGCUGUGGAUUCUUCAAAAUAUCUGGAUUGAUCUGUUUUAUUAUUUAUUAUAAGGAAAUAUGUGAAUGGUUCUUUGGGUAUACACCUUGAUCACUUUACUGUGGCUUGGGAAAUAGAGAAGUGUAAUGGGUGUUUAAUUUUUGUGGUUAUUUGCUUAAGUGUUGAUGUGCUCUUUAUUUCUGCUUUACCCUCUUGAUUGUUGUCUUCCAUUGCUUACUGCCUAAACAUCUGUAACUUAUCGACCAUAAUUUUCAGUUACUUGCCUUUUCAUGUGUUACUUAAAUGUGAACACUUCACUUCUUUUAUUUUGUGGUUUUAUGGUAGCUGUAUAUACCUGAAGAUAGCUGUAGCUGAAAUGACUGCAGCUUUUUCCAAGUCAGGAGACGGAGUUCAUGUCUUCUAGUGGGAUUUUUAUUUAUUUAUUUUUUAAACCAGUGCAGCUUAGGAAUGAUCAGUGCAUGGAGUGUUUCCAAGUGAGUACUAGAUCAGUAUGCUGAAGCUUGUGAACCUGUUCUGUUCUAAAACUUUAGAAUUCUAGCUUAAAAGUAAGGUUUUAUGUAUUGAAUAAUUAUCUUAUAGGAGCUUAUUUGUAUAGGAAUAGUGGUCAUUCUGGAGACAUUCUGAUAAACUUUCAAAGUUCUUUUUGUCUCUUAGAGAAUAAAAAAGCUCUCUAGAAAUAGCUCUGUAAGUUUCAGCCAUCUGCAGAUUGUUGUUAAUUGCAAUCUGAUUAUGAGUUGUAGAAGCCAAUGGUAUGUAUUUUGCAUGCUAGCCUGGCAGAUUAGAGAAGAGCCAAUUAAUUCUGUUGUACAGAAAAUGCAAGUAAUUUAGUACCUCACAAAAAUGAAUGUGGCGAGUCAGUUAGCCUUUGUGGUUUCCCUUUACCUUGGGAGUCUGGAACGGCAUGUAAACUAUUUAACAAAUAGUGAUUCUUUGCCAUUUUAAGUUCUUCCAGGUUUUUUCUGUUUUUCUGAGCCAUAGGUUUAUCUCCAUCUUUAUCUCCAUGUUUAACAGCCCAUGACAGAACUUUCUUCUGGAAAUUUGUCACUAUCUGAGCAUUUAGACAUAAUAUCCUAUCACAGUGAGUUCCACAUCUAAACUGCAAGCUGUGUGAGAACUGAUUAUCUCUUUUCUGUAUUGCAUGUGUAGCCUGGAUGGAUAUCUUCUCCAGACCUCAGUGUUCACUUCAUUCUGAUUGAGGUGUCCUAGAGUCAGUAAUAUCUGGGAGCAGCACAUAAACUGACUUGAAGAGAGACUGGCAAAAAUCAAAAUGUUAAACAUUUGCAUUUUCUUUCUGGCCUUCUGUGCGCUCUCUUCUGGCACGAGGAGGAUGUUUAUAUCUUGCUUAUUUGAUUAAACAUUUUGGAAGUUAAUCUCCAAAACUGUAGGUUCUAAGAAGCCUAAGCCUAAGAAGAUGAUAAUUGUGUUCACUGGUGAAAUUAGAAUGCAGAACUACUGCCAACACCAGGAACUAAUUCAACAUCUCUUUUUCAGUGCUCUUCCUCCUGCGGAGUCUGGGUAUUCUGCCAUCAGUUGCAAUUAAAAUGUUCAGACCUGAAGCUCCCCGUGCUCUUGCAAAUAAUGACUUUUGUAGCAAGUUACUGUCCUGUCGAGGAAUUGGAGUAUCUGGUCCUUCCUGUAGGGUAUGGAGGUUGAAGUAAUUACUGUGCAUUUCCAGAGCAGGUUAAAGUCAGGUGAGGAUUAUGGUUUUUUACUUUUUUUUUUCCCCCAGCAUUUGGUAAAUUGCAGCAUUUGAGGGGGCUAGCAGUUUCAAAUUUUUAAAAAGUUUAGUCUCAGAAGAAAAAACUAGUAGCUCUAAGACUAAUUCCUACAUAAGAGAAAUGUAAUCUUCUGUCUUGUCCAGAUGCCAUUUAUCUGUUUUUUAUUGUUUGUUUUGUAAGAGAAACUGGCUUAUCCUAAAAUAACACAAAGAAAUUAUUAUAAGGGUUAACUGUUGUGUAAACAUAUUCCUGUAAGGGUGAUCUGUCUGAAUGCAUACAAAAGGUCAGGGAAGAGUGACACAACAGAGGAGCUCUGGUUUUUACUUGUGUACAACACUACUUGAUUUUAUUUAUUCUUAUGUCAGGAGGCUUUGAGGUGUCUGAUAAGUGAUUUAUUUCUCCCUCACAUCUCCCCAUGAUAAAUGCUAAGCUGUUAGGACUUUCACUGUAAGUAGGCUGCUUUGCACAUGCUGCUGUAUUCUGUUCCAUUCCUGUCCUUACUGAAGGGAGUUGUAACGUUUAAUGCUGUGAAAAGGAAACCUUUAGGAUUUAUCAGCUGUCUCACUUAAGAGAACAGUGCCAGUUAACUUUCACUGGAUGUAGCCUUUACUGGUGACAGUCGAUUACAGGUUAUAACUCUCCCAGUGUUGAGAUACAAGUAAAGUUAAAUAAACAAAUGUGAUGUUUCAGAAAUU